UAUUGUCAAGUUAUGGAGUGGUGGUGGAAGUUGAAUGUGGGGUAGUUUGUUUUUGUUAAUUAUUGUAUAUUCAGAUGUCUUAUAAAUAACGGGCUGUCGUAAGCCUAUAUUCAAGCAUUAUGGUUGAACCGGAACCAUUUUUUUCAGCAAAUUCUUAAAACCAAAUGUGUGUUCAGAUGAUGUAUUUUAAGGUAUACAAAAAAUUCUGUCUAGUUCAGGUGUUCCAGCACAUAGAAAUAACAUACGAUUGUUAGACGACUGAGUCCGUAUAAUACUCUGCCGAUAACAUAUUUCCGAAGUGCUGAACAUACCAUUACAGACCUGGGAUUAAGGUUUUCAUAGGAAUAAUGGAAUUCACAUCUGAAGGCGUGGAGAAAGCUGUGACAGUAUUUUACACAUCUCGCACUUCAGAUCAAGCAGAGGCACAUCGUUGGUUAACUGAAGCUCAGGCAUCUACUACAGCAUGGAAAUUUGUGUGGGAGCUGUUGGAUCCGUCGAAGCUAACGGAAGUGCAGUUUUUUGGUGCUAUUACAUUGCAUUCGAAGAUAGUGAAGUGGUGGCAUGAAAUUCCUAUUGAUCAGUAUACUCCUCUGAGGAACCAGAUUUUAGGUUCCAUUGCGUCUCAUUGCAGUGGUCCAAAAAUAGUUCUCAGUAAGCUUUGUGCAGCUCUGGCUGCUUACAUUAUUAAUGUUACGCCUGAGCAUUGGCCCAAUCCCAUCAAUGAACUUAUACAGACAUUUCUGACACCUUCCACAACUGUCCCAGCCGAACGAACCGCUUGGAUUCUGAUGGAAAUUCUUACCAUGCUACCAGAUGAACUGAAUAAUUCUCGUAUUGGUGCCCAACAGAAAGGAGCUGUACUGGCAUGUCUUCGUGAUAGUGUUCAUAGAGUGGUGGAAGUGGUAAGACACUGUCUUUCUGAUGCUAGUUUUGAAAAUGCAAAUGAAGUAAAAGAGCAUGCUGCAUCAUGUGCAGUAUCUUGGCUGAGAAUAGGAAUGCCAAUUGCCGCAUGUGAAGGCUUGGCUUUGGAUUUAUUAAACAUGGUGUUACAAAAUGCAACCAGCGAUGAUUAUACCGAAAGUUCACAAAGUCUCAUAGAAGCUGCCCUAAACUGCCUCGAGUCCCUGGUUACGCACCCUGAUACACAUCUAAACCCAAAACAUGUCCAGCGCCUCAUGGAAGAGAUUUUGAAGUUAGAAGUUUUGUUGGGUCCUAAAUGGCAUUCUGCUGACGAAGUUGUAACAAGUAAAAUAUACAGACUGUUUGUAGGAAUGGGGGAAUGCCACUCUAAAUUGAUUCUACGUCUAUUAUUACAACCAGGCAGCUCUAAAGUGUUGGGCAGCAAAAUCGUCGAAAAUAUUCUGCGUGCUACCAGUAUUCAAGGUGUCUAUCCAGUAGAAGAAUGUAUAAGUGUACAUUCAUUAGGGUUUUGGUACAUUUUACAGGAAGAUGUGCAGCCCAUGGAGGGAGAUGAGAGGACUGAUUGUAUAACUGUGCUUUCACCAAUAUACUGCACAUUGGUUGAAGUAUUGCUGAAAAAAUCUGCUCUUCCACCUGAUAUAGACGAAUGGAACAGUGACGACCGAGAGAAACUUAGAUGGUAUAGGCAAGAUGUUGCCGACACACUAAUGUAUUGCUAUCAGAUACUACAUGAUCAAAUUCUGGAGUUACUCCUUCAUGACCUUUCUGCAAGAGCUACAGAAUUUGAAGAGUCGUGGCAGCCUGUUGAAGCAAAUUUGCAUGCUUGGAUGGCUAUUGCAGAAUUGGUGCCAAAUGUGAAACCACAGAUUGGGUCGUUUUUUAUGAUUCUACAAAACAUACCGAUUAGCAAGAGUAAUAUAAAAGUUUUUAAUGCAGCAAUCGACUGUAUGGGUGCAUAUGCAGACUGGAUUAACAUCAAUCCAUCUUUCUUGUCAUAUGUCAUUCCCACUGUCAUGUCUGGCUUGGAGAACACUGAAUCAGCACCUUCUUCCUCAAUGGCUUUGAAAGAUUUGUCAAGGGACUGCCAGUUAACAAUUCAGCAGUAUGCAGAUAAUAUCAUCAGAUGCAUUCAGGCAGCCAUCAUCAGUGGAAGUCUAGGACAUGCUGAAAAUAUUAGACUUAUGUAUGCCUUGGGUCGUUUGCUGUCACCAAUGCCACUGGAGAAGAUAAUGAUGUAUUUGAAUGAAAUACUUGUUCCUUGUGUUAGAGAAUUGGAGAUCCUGGCAAAUUCUGAGGAUAAAGGAAUGCAGACCUAUAGUGACAUCUUGCUGAGACUUAAGAUGAUGAGCACAAUUUUUGCAACUCUAGACACCAGUGCUGUGAGAGGAGGAGCUCUAAAGUCUGAUGAUCCUCAGCCUGUUCUUCUCAUUUUGGAGAAAGUUUUUCCAGUUUUGGAAACUAUAACAUGUAAAUGGUGUACUGAUGAAGAAAUUAUGAAGGCAAUGUGUACGCUGCUAAAACAAGCUGUGUCAACACUGCUCGAGAAAUUUGAAAUAGUUUUACCACCUGUUGUGAACAUGCUUAUGAAAAGCUUCCGUGUUCGUCCUCAGCCAUCAGUUCUUGAACUGUUGCAGCAGAUUGUGAUCCUGUUUGGCAGAGAUACAGAACAUACACAGAUGAUUCAUUCACUUGUCACAGACAUUUGCAGGAUAUCAAUGACUUUCUGCUUUUCUUCUCCAUCCACAUCAGAACAUUGUGAUGUGAUAGAAUCAUUUUUUAACCUUCUGUCACAACUUAUAAAGAAAAUUCCUAAGCUGUUCCUUAUGAUGGAUGUCGAGGAAGUGAAGGGGUUCUUCAGGAGUGGUAUUGAAAGCUUGCAGCUACCUGAGACUCCUGUGCUGAAAGCUAGUGCAACAUUCCUAAAAUGUUUUAUUAAACAAAGUUGGGAGUAUGUACACUUCUCUACCAUUGUCAAUGACUGUGGCGAAGCACUAGUACAGAGAAUUCUGUUGUGCAUAGGAGGAAACUGCCCAAGAACCAUGAUAGAUCAUCUGGCUGAUCUGUUAAUGAUGCUCAACAGAAAACAAACAGAAAUGUUUGCUCGAUGGCUUACUGACAAUGUGUCAGCAAUUGAGUUCCCAGGGCACGGUGUGAGUCAGAAUGCAAGAGCACAGUUUGUACAGAUGGUUUUGAGGGAAAGAGCCAACAAGCGGAAGCUACAAGAAAUUGUGAGAGGAUUCACAUUGAUUUGCCGUGGCCUUGCUGGUACAGAGUUUGGAGGACAGUUAAUCAUUUUAUAAUGAACCACUUCAUUGCUACAGUUUCACAUGAUGUAAGAAAGAUGCAGCUUCAAGAGAUCUAUUUUGGAUAUACUGCAUUUUUAAAGAAAGAAGAAUGAAUUAUGUUUCUCAUUUCCUAAAGGUGCUUAAGUUGAGGACUGUUGUGACUAUUAAUGUAGAAAAAUAGGGUUGUUGUAAAAACAGAGAUAUUUGUGUGCUGGAUUCAAAUAAUAUUUGGUAUGUGCGUGUGUUUUAUAAUAAAAGUAGUGACAUUUUCUAUUGAUGUACACAGAAAAAUAGUGAAAAAAGCGAUAUUAAAAAAAAAAGAAAACCCUAAGACAUUUACAACUAAAGACAGUUACGAAUUUAUUGAUCUUUCUGUUGUGUUUCCUUAUUUAGUGUAUAUUGUGUUGUGUUGCAAAUUUGUAGCAGUAGAAAUUUGACCAUUCCUUUAAUUAAAAUUAUUGUUUUUCUUAACAUUUUCAAACCAGUGGAUUCUGUUCAUUGGUGUGUUCGUAUACUGUUAAUUUGAAUUUGAUUAGCUUUGUAUGUUAGAUCUCUUUUGCUAAUUUUUAUGACUUCGAGUUAUGUCAGAAUUGUAGGAGUGAAUCACUUUUUCAUAAGCAUGUACCUGAUUAGCCAGUAGAUUAUUGCUUGCUUUUGUUCAUGUGAUUUAAUUUUUUUUGUUUAACAAGUUACUGGGGACUUUACAUAGUAACUGAAAACAUCCAAUUGCUCAUUCUUUGUCUCCUGCUCACUAAUUCUCAUUGAUUUCUGAAGAACUUUUACUUGUAAUGAUAAAAUAAUAAUUGAAUUAUUUUUGUGCAUUUUAUAACCACUGCUUUUGUCAAAGUUACUGACUGUAGCAGAAGUAUUACUAGAGGAAGGAGAGUCCUGCGUUGUUUGUUAUUGAUAGCUAGGAUUAUCGUCCACUUCCAGAACAAUUAACUGUCUUACCCUUUAAUCCUGAAAAGUGGUGCUUACAAGGUAUUGCCAGCUGGCCAAUUGGGUCAGUAUAAAAAAGUGUUCAUAUAGGGUGACAAUUAUUGAACUGUAUGAAAGAAAAACGUAAAUUAGUUAUAAACUACAGUGUGCACAUACUUUAUUUAACAUGUAAAUGACAGUACAGGUAUUCUGAUUUUGGUUAUGACAUGUUCGACAUGCCUGUCAUCAUUGGCGAUGAUGUGGUGCAGACAAAUGCGAAAUUGUGCAUGACCCGCUGAGGUGUCAGAACAUUGAUGCUGUCGAUGACCUGCUGAAUGGCUGUAUCAGUUAAGCAAUGAUUUUUGCGUUAUUGCUGUACACCUUGUCUUAAUAUAGCCCCACUAAAAGGAGUUUCGGUGUUCAGAUCCGGAGAAUAUGGCAGCCAAUCAAGCCUAUGCCAGUGGCCUCCAGGUACCCCAGAGCCGGAAUGCGGUCCCCAAAGUGCUCCUCCAGGACAUCAAACACUCUACUCCUUUGGUGGGGUCGAGCUCAAUCUUGCAGGAACCUCAUCUUGUCGAAGUCAGGGUCACUUUGGAUAAUGGGGAUGAAAUCAUCUUCCAAAACCUUCACUCACCAUUUAGUAGUCACCGUGCUAUCAAGGAAUAUCGCACCAAUUAUUACAUGACUGGACAUUACUCACCACAAAGUCAGACAUUGAAGGUGAAGAGACUUCUCAAUCACGAAAUGCGGAUUCUCAGUUCCCCAAAUGUGCCAAUUUUGGUUAUUGAUGAACCCAUCCAAAUGAAAGUGGGCAUCAUCACUGAACCAAACCAUUCAGUGCGUACUAAUUCCCAUCAUUUGUUGGUAAAUCAGUAUGGCCAACCGUGAAGUUUGAACAUCCUAACACAAACUAUUGAGAAGUUAUGACAAUUUUGUUUCAUAUAGUUCAAUAAUUAUCCCCCUUUUCUUGCAUGACCAUUUGCCUGAUGGCCAGACAUUCCAAAUGUUGGCAGGUAUUUACAGUCCGCUGUGAUUCUUCUGAGCUCUGUCAAUAUCGGUAUGUUUUAAAAGCUAACCCUUCUUUCUUGUACAUUUGUGUAACUGUUUCUGAUCUUUUUGCAGGAGAAAGACUAUUGUGUGUAGCAAGAGAAUGUGCAUCAUUUUGCAGACUACAGUAAAUCUCCAUUAAAAUAUUUGCUCUCUUCCUUUCUUACUAUGUUUAUGUGAUGUAUAUUUGAGGUCAUAGAUUUAAUUCUGUAUUUUAAGUCAAUCAGUUCCUCUGAAAUUUAUGUUUCAUUUUUCACUAAACGCAAAUCCUAUUCUGUUAACUGUGUUGUAUUUUGUUGUGGAUGUGGAUGUUUUUAUGAGGUACAUUGUAUGUUUUGUAUGUCUUGCCUUUCCUAAGACUGAAUUUAUGUGUAACACAGUAAUAAAGUGUGAGAAUAAUGCCUUUCUCCCAGCAUCAGGGCUUGGGUUGAAAAUUGUCAUAAAAUCUGAAAUCAUUAUGUUUAAAUUGUUUUAUCAGUCAGAUCUUCUAGUAUCAAACAAUGGAAAAUCCAGGAUGGAAUGUGACAGUAUUAUGAAAAGGAAAGUUGCUACUUACUAUAUAGUGAAGAUGCUGAGUCGCAGAAUGGCACAACAAAAAGAUUGUCACAACUAAGCUUUUGGCCGACAGUGCUUCUGUCGAUAAUAGAUGACAGAGACAUACAUCACUCACGCAAGUGCAACUCACACACACAUGACUGUGGUCUCUGGCAGCUGAAGCCACACUGCGAGCAGCAGCAGCAGUGCAUGAUGUGAGUGGCAACUGGGUGGGGGUAAGGAGGA